CAUUAUGAAACGGUUGCCUCAAAUUUCCGCAUUUUGAGCUUCAAGGACCACCAGAAGCUCCAAACUUUCCUCUGCCCCCGAGUUUGCUCGUUAACACCUGCACAGACGUGAUGGCCAACUACCUUCUGAGAGCAAACCUGAGGAGGAGCAUCUUCGCGCAGAUCAGAAAUGCAUCUGAUCAGCUCGGAGAGUUGGGGACGGGGGCAGGGAAAGGCGGAGGAGGAGGCGGGUCGGUGAGGGCAGCAGGAGGUGCAUUUGGAAAGCGAGAGGCUGCAGAGGAGGAGCGAUACUUCAGGCAGAAGGAGAAGGAGCAGUUAGAAACACUGAGGAAACAUCACGCUGAGGAGAUCGAGCACCAUAAGAAAGAAAUUGGCCGUCUGAAGAAGGAGAUUGACCGCCAUGUGGGCAUAAUCAGAAAGCUCAAACACGAUGACUGAACCUCAGAGUGUGUCGUCAUCCCUCAACCUGAGAGUUCAUCCAUCGAAGUGACAUCCCGAUGAUAUUCAGAUAUUGAUAAAGUCUCUGCAGGUCAAGGCCAGUCCUGCAGUGUAAAGAACAUCAAACUGACAUCAUCCGUAACUCAAAGAAAUAAAAUGAUUUUUCUUUAUUCAUUGCAAGAAAACUUUGUAACUAACUCUCAUUCAGUUGCAAUGCAGAGAUUGUUUUCACCGUAUUAAAGAAAUCAGGCUGAUCUGG